UUAAAAAACCCCUAUUAGCUUAACAUAUAACCUUCACUUUAAUGUCUUCCCCACCUUCCAUGCACCCUUGACCUAAGCCAAUAACGUAACUCCAACGCUCUCCAUCAUUUUCAUCCUCCUCCUCCUCCUCCUCUUCUUCUUCUUCUUCUUCACCAGUUUAUCUCUCCAUCCAAAACCAGAUCCAGAGAUCAUCAGAUCUUCACAAAAAUGGCAGCUGAAUUUAUAGCCCCUUUGAAGAUGCUUCUGUUUGUGUACGUGAUCGCAGUCAUCGUCGCUCCUACCAGCGGUUUCGUUCCCCGGAAGCUCGAUGACGUCACGCCACCGGACUCCGGCGUCAAGUGCUCCGGCUGCUCUCCUUGCAACAAGCCAUGUACCCAAUAUCCUCCCCCGCCGCCGCCGGUGCUUCCGCCGCCGCCGCCCAAGAAGCCGCCUAGCCAGAACUGUCCUCCGCCACCGUCGCCGCCGUCGGCAUAUCUUUACAUAACAGGUCCGCCGGGGAAUCUGUACCCAAUCGACCAGUAUUAUUCAGGCAUCGGACGGAGCUCCGCUGGUGGGGUGGUGGUUUUGAUUGGAUGGGGACUGGUUGGCCUGCUGGCUUUCUGGUAGAGAUCAUCAAAGUUUAAUUUCCAGGAAUUGGAAAUAAAGGAGCUUUUUUGGUGAGAAAAUACUGAGCUUUCACAUUCCAAGGCGAGAAAAUUUCUUGCCUGGAGGAAAAUUCAAUCCCAAGGGAUAUUGGAUUGGCCGAUGGUACUAAGUUUGAUCUUAAUUCUCCAUUAUUAUUACUUCUAUAAUUUCGACAACUACGUACGUACGUACAUUUUAUCUUUUUUCCUUUUCUCUAUGUAAUAAUCUCUUGGCUUAGAAUAAUUUGUAUUUGACAACAUCGAUCUUAAUGCAAUUAAAAUUUACCA